AUGUCGUUCCUCUCUCGAGCUGCAUCAGACUCCCGCGCCCAAUUUGCGACAACUGCCAUUGUGUCCGGGGCAGUGGUGGCUGGUGCCAUCCUGGGCUACCAACAGCUCCAGCGAAGAGAGAACAUUCGCCAACUGAAAGACUCAAUACCCUUCGUCGACGAAGGCGACGCACUGCGCAAGCUGACUAGCUUUGGCGGAGCCUCGAAAGUUGACCAGGAAGACCUCCGAAACGAGGCCCUGGCUAGACGAGCCCAGGCCGGCGAAUACGAUGACGAAUUGAUCCUCGAGCAGCUGGCCCGGAACCGGGUCUUCUUGACCCCCGACGGACUCGACAAGCUUCGCAAUGCCUUCGUGGUAGUGGUUGGAUGCGGCGGCGUCGGAUCGCAUGCCACAUCUGCCCUGGCCCGAUCAGGAGUCUCCAAGAUCCGCUUGAUCGACUUCGACCAGGUGACACUGAGCUCGCUGAAUCGCCACGCCGUUGCGACACUGGCGGACGUGGGAAUCGCAAAGGUUCAAUGCCUACACAGACGGCUCAUCGCAAUAACACCGUGGGUCAAGUUCGAUUUGCGGCUGGAGAAGUACUGGGACGAGGCGGCUGAUCGACUCUUGGAGCCGUGGAAAGAGGGCGGGCAGAAGCCGGAUUUUGUCAUCGACGCCAUCGACAACAUCGACACCAAGGUCUCGCUGCUGAAAUAUUGCCACGACCACAAUCUGAACGUGAUAUCGUCCAUGGGAGCCGGGUGCAAGAGUGACCCGACGCGCAUUCUGGUUGGCGAUAUUGGCAUGAGUACCGAUGAUGGGCUAUCGAGGGCUACACGACGUCGUCUGAAAUUGCUUGGCAUCACAAAAGGAAUCCCAACUGUUUUCUCGACAGAAAAGACUGGCGAGGGCAAGGCCGAAUUGCUUCCACUUCUCGAAGAGGAGUUUCAAAAGGGAAGUGUUGGCGAUCUCGGCGUUCUGCCCGACUUCCGCGUGCGCAUCCUCCCAGUGUUGGGCACAAUGCCCGCAGUAUUCGGAUACACGGUGGCAAACCACGUUAUCUUGUCCAUUACUGGCUACCCGCUUGACUACGUCCCAGCCAAGGGGCGAGAUAAAAUGUACGAUGGUAUUCUCGCUGCGCUUCAAGGCAGUGAGGAAAAGCUACUCCGGCACAUGACAAAUCAAGAUGCGUCCGUCGCCGUUGGAUUGAAGAUACCUAUCACCGUCGGCGACGUCGCGUUCCUGGUGGAGGAGAUAUUUAAGGGUCGUAGCUCCAUCACGGGGCUUGCCACAAGAUUGCACCUCGUUCGAUGGAAGAAGCCAACCUCGUCUACGCUGAUCAAAAUUGGAGAGGGCUCUGGAGAGCAGAAGUCGUCUAAUCUGACACUUGGCGAACUUGUCUGCAUGACCAAGGAAGAAGCUACGCGGCAUGAGAAGGAGAUCCUGCGGGGAGAAAAGACAGCACAAGAUUUGUAUGACACAGCUACCAUGGAAAAAGUCGAGGCAGCUCUUAAGGAUGCGGCCUCGUAUGUGAAAUGCAGAUGA